AACAGGGGCAUGAAAUGAUUGGUCACAAUGAACAAUGGGUACGCCAUUAUGAAGCGGAGAGCUGAAGGCUGGUUGGUGAUUAGCCUGCUCUCUUCCCUUGAUCUCCAGUCCAGUGUGCCCUGUCCUCGGAGUUCCGGCUCAAGUUUCUGCCUACCACUCGAAGCCAGUUACUAAUAACAGCCCAGUGAGCUUUGCAUGCACGGAGAGCAGAUGGUGUUUUUGAAAGGAAGAGUGACCAUUCCUGUGACUUUGGACUUGGCUCCGUCGAACCCCUGAACGGAACCCAGGUUGCUAGGAGAGCAUCUGUGCCCCCAGCACUUUGGUCCAGCUAGAGCAGGAGAGGGGAGCUGGAGACUGGGAAAGCUGUGUUAGCUGCCACCUCCUGAGGCUCUCAGGGAGCAGGAAUAUCUGACCAUGAGCGGCAGAAACUGGAUAUUAAUUUCUACUUCCUCACCCCAGAGCCUGGAAGAUGAGAUUCUGGGACGGCUUCUGAAAAUCCUCUUUGUUUUGUUCGUUGACUUAAUGUCCAUUAUGUACGUUGUCAUAACGUCGUAAAGACCAGACUUCCUUUGCUCCGUGUGUGAAUCUCAAGCUGAAUUUCCAGUGAAUAAAGGUCUACAUUUUAA